UUCGCGCUCGAUGCGUCGGUUAAUUUAGAGCGGUAUGUUGUUGUGACAAAUUUUUCUCUGGGAGUGUGCUCUCGUAUUCAUCGGUGCCGAUUUUUAUAUACAGUGAAUUCCGAAAAAUCAACAUAUUUUGCGCAUGGUAGUGAAUAAAAUACGAGUUUGAUCAUGGCGUUGGAGGGUGUGAAAAGUGAAAAAAGUGAGGAAAGCAAUGCUAAUGUGCAGGACGCGAAGGCAAAUGGUGUCGACAAUAGGAAUAAACAGAUAGAUCCAAACACAGCGUUUCUGCGGGCGGCGCGCGCGGGCCAGUUGGACACAGUCGUCGAUCUGUUGGAUUCGGGGGCCGUUAAAGAUAUAAACACAUGUAACUCAAAUGGAUUAAACGCUCUACAUUUAGCCGCUAAAGAUGGACACAUUUCAGUAGUAGAGGAGCUACUGAAACGCGGUGCUACCGUCGACGCAUCGACCAAGAAAGGCAACACAGCCCUCCACAUAGCAUGCCUAGCCGGGCAGGAGUCGGUGGCGCGAGCCCUGCUCGCGGCCGGCGCGAAAGCAGAUGCACAGUCGGCGGCGGGUUUCACGCCACUGUACAUGGCGGCGCAGGAGAACCACGCGGGCUGCGUGAAGAUGCUACUAGCGGCUGGCGCCAGCCAGACCCUUGCCACCGAGGAUGGUUUCACACCGCUAGCAGUGGCCAUGCAACAGGGACACGACCGAGUGGUUGCAGAGCUCCUAGAGUCAGACACACGCGGAAAAGUGCGGCUACCUGCAUUACACAUUGCCGCCAAGAAAAACGAUGUUAAGGCAGCUACAUUAUUAUUAGAGAACGAGCACAACCCGGACGCGUGCUCCAAGUCCGGCUUCACGCCGCUGCACAUAGCGGCGCACUACGGCAACGUGGGCGUGGCCAGAGCGCUGCUGUCCGCCGGCGCGGACGCGGGCCGGGCGGCCAAGCACAACAUCACGCCGCUGCACGUGGCCAGCAAGUGGGGGCAGCUGGCCAUGGUCGACCUGCUGGUGGAGAACGGUGCAAACAUAGCGGCAGUGACGAGGGACGGUCUGACGCCAUUGCACUGCGCGGCGCGAUCCGGCCACAGCAAUGUGGUGGCCAGGUUGUUGCAGCAUGGCGCACCGAUUACUAGCAAAACUAAGAACGGUCUCACCCCCCUCCACAUGUCGGUGCAAGGUGAGCACGUGGAAACGGCGAAGGUGCUACUCACAGAGGGCGCCCCCAUCGAUGACGUCACCGUGGAUUACCUGACAGCGCUGCACGUGGCGGCGCACUGCGGACACGUUAGGGUCGCAAAACUUCUGCUGGACAGAAAUGCGGACGCGAACGCGCGAGCUCUCAACGGUUUCACCCCACUUCACAUCGCUUGCAAGAAGAACAGGCUCAAAGUUGUCGAACUCUUGCUCAAAUAUGGUGCUAGUAAAUCAGCGACAACAGAAUCCGGUCUGACGCCGCUCCACGUGGCGUCGUUCAUGGGCUGCAUGAACAUCGCCCUGGUGCUGGUCGGCGCGGGCGCAGACGCUGACGCUGCCACCGCCCGGGGGGAGACGCCGCUGCAUCUCGCCGCCAGAGCCCACCAGACCGAUCUGGUGCGAGUGCUGCUGAGGAAUAACGCCAAAGUGGAAGCCCGUGCCCGCGAAGAACAGACGCCACUACACGUAGCGGCUAGACUCGGGCAUGCGGACAUUGCUGCAUUGCUGCUGCAGCAUGGUGCUGAUGUGGCUGCUACCACAAAGGACAAGUACACGCCGCUGCAUAUUGCUGCUAAGGAGGGGAAAGAAGAAGUGGCAGCAAUCCUCAUUGACAACAACGCGCCUAUAGAAGCGGAAACGCGUAAAGGCUUCACUCCACUACACCUAGCUGCUAAAUACGGUGACAUGGGUGUUGCCAGGCUGCUGCUAGCUAGAGGAGCUCAACCCGAUGCUCCUGGAAAGAGUCAUAUUACACCUUUGCACAUGGCAACAUAUUAUGGCCACCCUGACAUCGCUCUGUUACUUCUGGAUAAAGGUGCAUCACCACAUUCACUGGCUAAGAACGGUCAUUCCGCACUUCACAUCGCGUGUAGACACAAUCAUCCAGAUAUUGCGUUUGCGCUACUUGAACAUGAUGCGGAUCCCAGUGUGAAGUCAAAGGCUGGGUUCACACCAUUGCACAUGGCGGCUCAAGAGGGACACGAGGAUUGCGUUGAAAUGCUCAUCGAGAGAGGCGCUGAUGUUAAUGUUCCAGCUAGCAACGGUCUGACGGCGGUGCACCUGGCGGCGGCGGAGGGGCGCGGCGCCGUGCUGCGCGCGCUGCUGGCGGCCGGCGGGCGCUGCGCCGCGCGCACGCGCGACGGCUACACGCCGCUGCACGCCGCCGCGCACCACGGCCACCUGGCGGCCGCGCGCGCGCUGCUGGACGCGGGCGCGGACGUGACUGCGCGCGCGCAGCACGGAUUCACGCCGCUCCACCAAGCGGCCCAACAAGGCCACACUCUUAUCAUUCAACUGCUGUUGAAGAGUAACGCCGACCCCAACGCUCUAUCUGCGAACGGACAGACAGCGUGCGCGAUUGCGGAUCGCUUGGGUUAUAUCAGCGCUGUGGAGGCGCUCAGACCGCUCACCGAGAACACGCUUAGCCAAGCCGUGGGUGAUACUGGUGGUGUAGAGGGUAAAUACAGAGUGGCAGCCCCAGAGCUAAUGCAGGACACAUUCAUGAGCGAUUCAGAGGAUGAGGGAGGAGAAGUGGAAUGCCCCAUCCAGCAGCAGCAGCAGUACCGCUACAUGAACAGCGAGGCGGGCACGCUGAACCGCGCCAAGCCGCUAGAGGACAGCGUGACGGACGGACACCUGUGGCCGAGCAAUAAUGACAGCAGAGUCGCCACUAUCGAGCGGCAGCCGCUGGAUAUCGGUUUCCUGGUAUCGUUCGUGGUGGACGCUCGCGGUGGGGCGAUGAAGGCGAAGCGGCGGGGCGGCGUCAGGAUCAUCGUACCGCCGGCCGCGUGCGCCGCCCCCACCAGGGUCACUUGCAGAGCAGCCACACGGCGCGCACCCGCUGCAGCCCCGCCACCGCUAAUGGAGGGCGAAGCCCUAGCCUCCAGACUACUUGAGUUGCAGCCACAAGGAGCUAAAUUCUUAGCACCUGUAAUAAUCGAAGUCCCGAUCUUCACGGCGUCGUGCCCCGAGCGCGAGAUUGUCAUUCUGCGCUCCGACACGGGGGAGACCUGGCAGGAUCACUACUUGCACAACAACGAUAAUGCUAUGAUACAGGAGGCGCUGGCCCGGUCGCGGCAGGAGCACGGCAGUAGCGGCGAGAGCCUGGGCGAGAACGGCGAGCGGGUGACGCGCAUCAUCACGUGCGACUUCCCGCACUACGUGGCCGUGGUGUCGCGCGUGCGCCAGGAGGUGCACAUCAUCGGGCCCGACGGCGGCACCGUGUCCUCCGCGCACAUCCCGCAGGUGCAAGCGCUGUUCCCGCCGCAGGCGCUGACGAAGCGCAUCCGCGUGGGGCUGCAGGCGCACGGCGCGGGCGCGGCGCUGGCGCGGCGCGUGCUGCCGCGCCACGCCGCCGUGUCGCCCGUGCUCACCGUCGAGCCGCGCCGCCGGAAGUUCCACCGCAGCAUCACGCUCACCGUGCCGCUGCCGCAGCCGCCCGACCACAAGGUGGUAGAAAAGCAAUCGACAUCGAACCUGCGACUGCUCUGCUCGAUCAUGGGUGGUCAAGCGCGAGCCGUGUGGGAGGACGUCACUGGCUCAACACCGCUGACCAUCACCGACGACUGCGCCUCCUUCACCACCACGGUGUCUGCGAGAUUCUGGUUGAUGAACUGUCAAAAUGUCAGCGACGCGACGAAAUUGGCGACGGAGUUAUACAGACAAAUGCUAGUAGUGCCAUUCGAAGUGCGUAUCGUUGUUCUGGGGAAGCGUUUGGACGCGCUGGAAGGUCGACUGCUCGUGCUUUACAUUACCGACAGAUACGCGUAUGAAACUCUGCUGCAACAGGAACACUACACAGAGAUAGCGCACUCGACGUCCGUACGCUUUUUGGACGGCAAGGAAGUUUUCUUGGAAUUUUCUGGAAACCUCGUUCCAGUGACUAAGUCUGGCAGUCAACCGCUGUUUACUUUUGAGGCGUUCAAAGACAAUCGCGUGGAGUUCACAGUUCGCGUCAAACAUCACGAGGAGAGUCCCUCCGGCAGGAUCUAUUUCAUGAACGAACCUAAGGUGGCGAAGGGCGAGCAGUCGCAGACGCCGGCGUGCGUGCUGGACGUGCAGCUGCCCGAGCGCAUCGCGCCGCGCGCCGCCAAGAGCCAGCUCGACUGCCUCAACCUCGACCAGUCCGGUUUCGACGCACUAAAAGACGAACUAAGCUUCCACUGGGGUGACCAUAACCACAGUAUCGGACCGCCGUCUCUGCCCACACACCACGAGACCUCGCCACAACUCAACGGACACGACAAAACCAUUGCAAAUGGUAAUGUGAAAUUCACAACUAAGGACACGGAUGAUGUGAAACCUAAAGCUCAAGUGAACGGUGACUCAGUACACGUUGAUUCUAAUAAAGUCAAAGCAACAUUCGAUUCGGAUGAAGACAAAACUCCAAUGAAUACAUUGGAAAAAGGCAAAAAGAAAUCAGAAGGUGGCUUUUUAGGAGGCCUAGCUGAUAAAGUCAAGAACGUGUUUGGCCACAGUGAAGAGAAAGAAGACAGCAAAGAGUCAUCGCCCAAACCAGAGCCUAAACCGAGAGAAUCUAAAGAUAAAUCACCGCCGAAACCAGCACCGAGGAUUAUCAAUGAAGAUCUUCUAGAAAAAGUUGAUGAUAUGUUCAAAGACUUGAAAGUCAAACCACACGUUAGAAUUGAUGACGAUAUCAAUAAUCAAGUAUACUCGACUAAAUUGAUCGUCGACGAAGAGGAUUCUCCGACUAUAAAGGAAAAAACUGAAGUAGUUUAUGAGCAGUAUGAGAACAUGCAACCCGUUGAAACUCCUUUGCGUAGUAAAAAAUCCGAUCCAUUCCAGUUCUAUGAUGAUUGCUGCAAAGGCCUGUAUAAAAAAGGUGAAAAACAUAGCCACGAUGAAACUUCGAACUUGACUGACAGAAUAGAAAAUGUAAAUUUCACCGUACAUGAGACCAUCCAAGAAAUUGCAGACAGAGCUGAAAGCGAGUCCAAAGAUGUUUUAGAUAAACUUUACAAAGAGAAAGACAAUCUAAAACAGAGGACAUCUGAAUUGCAAGAUGAUGUUACCAAAAAUGGUGACAACUUUAAACACGACCUAGUCAUCGUUGAGGAAACAUUGAAGAAAAAUGUUCAUGACGGGGAAGAUAAAUUAAAAGAUGCUAUUAAUGAAAAAUCAGAUAAAGUUGCUGUUACAGCACAAAACAUAGAAAACGACGUUGACACAUUAACUUCAGAUGUUCGUACGCAAGCGACCGCUGAAAUCGAGAAUAUUAAAACAACAGCUCAGGAUAUUGUAAAUAAUCUACUUAAUCAAGCUGAUUCAAAACAAAAGGAUCAUAAGGCACUUGUAAUGGACUUUUUAGCCGCUGAACAAAUUGAAGCAUCUAAGUCAUUAGACAGUACGUGCCAAGAUAUAAAGAAAGACGUAAAAAUUAAAGAAAACGAUCUUGCAAAUACAGUUGAAGAUAUAAAACAUUCUACCAAAGAAAAAAUAACAGAUAUAAACGAGGACUUGAACAAUAAAGUAAACAAUAUAAAGAAUGAUGCUAAAAAUAAAAUGGAUAACUUGAAAGAAGCAACAGAUGAUAAAGUUAACGAAUUAAGUGAUGCAUUUGACUCUGUAAAAGACAAAACGGGGAAAGCAGCUGAGAAUGUGAAAACAAAGGCAAAAGAAACGAAAGAGAAUAUAAAAGCAGAGGGCAAAAAGAAAUCAAAGGAAGGUAAAAACUUUUUCACAGGACUUGUACAUAAUAUAUUUGGCGAAAAAGAAAAAGUUGAGGAUGAACUUAAAAACAGUGUAUCUGAAGGUAAAAAAUCCGCUAAAAAACUAAUGAAACAGGCGUCGCAAAUGAAAGAAGACGUUGAAGAAACCGCAGCUAAGAAACAAGAACAAUGUCUUGAUUUUCUUGAAAAGGAAACUCAAAAGGUAAACGAUAAGAAGGAAAAGGCAAUCCACAAAGGCAAUGAAUUAAUUUCAAAUGCACAAAACACGGCAGAAGCUAUUAAAGAAGAGGUACAUGAUACAGCUGAAUCUGCAGCACAAAAUAUUCAAACAAAUACCCAAGCCGCUCUUAAUAAUCUCGAACAAUUAAAGAAUAAUGUAAGUCAAGAUGUAAACGUCCAAGCCAAUAACCUAGUGCAAAAUAUUCAAGAUAAAAGAUAUGAAAUAGCCGAAGAACUCCAUGAGAAAAAGCAAAAUGCAGUAGACACUAUACAUUCAACAACAAAUAAAGUAAUAAAUGACGUCGAAAACAAAAAAGAAGAAAUUACACAAAAUGUCCAUGAACAAGCCGAAAAGCUAAUAGAAAACGUAGAAAGUAAAACUAAAGAUAUUACACAAAAUAUCCACGAAACAAAAGAAAAAGUAGUUGAAAAUGUGGAAAAUAAGACAAGUGAAAUUUUAGAUGGCAUACAACAGAAAACGGAUCAAUUUGCGAGUGACAAAGAUAAUUUAAUAGAAAAUUUGCAAAACAAAAGUACCGAUAUUUUGAAUAGCGUGGACAAUGCAAAGAAUAACGCAAUACAAGAAGUACAAGCUCAAAGCGUGCAAGUAAUUGAAAAUAUUGCUGAGGAAAGAGAUGCAGCUAUUCAAGCGGCACAGUCAAAAAGAGAUGAAAUCGUUGAAAGCUUACAUAAUAAAAAAGACGAACUCACAUCAGCUGUACAGGAUAAAACAAAUGCAGCUGCAGACGCACUUAAAAACACACAGACGGUAGUAGAACAAGUCGUUGAGAAGAAAAAGAGUGAUUUAAUAGACACUGGAGAUUUUAUACAAAAUGCAGCCAAUGACCAUAUGGAUAGGAUAAGACAAGAAGCAGAGAGCACUACCGAAGACAUCAAACGAACAGCAGAGGAAGCUCUUAACGCAGUAGCGCAAAAGAAAUCAGACAUUCAAGCUGACGUUAGCACGAAAGUUGAAGGACUUAAGGAUUCCGGCAAAGAUCACUUAAACAGCGUGCAACAUGCAGCAAGCGAGACAGUCGUACAAGCGAAAGAAUCAGCAGAGCAAGCGUUCGAUCACAUCAAAGACUCGUCCUUGGGCGCUUUCGGUUCCAUCGAAACCGCAGCGAAGGGCAAAGUGAACGACGCCAAGCAGCAAUGGGAGGAUCUGCAAAGUAGCACGCGGGACACCUUCGCGGAGAUGAAGGAUGAGGUUCACGGGUUGGAGAGCUCGGCGCAAGACACGCUGCACAGCUUACAGAGCUCGGCUGGCAACACUUUCGACAGCUUGGACGAUUCAACGCGUGAAAUAAUGGCGGACGUACAAAACACGACGGGCAAAGCGGAAGACGCUUCCAAAGAACUGUUCGGCGGUGUUAAAGAUUCUUUCGAAGGCUUCACGAUAACGGCUGAAAAUCAACUCGAAGAUAUAAAGGGCGCGGCGAAUGAGAGGCUAGAGGAGGCUGGGCGGAGUCUAGAUAAGGUGGAGAGUGACGUUAGUGAGGGUGUUAAGAAGACAGGAGCUAGUGUAGCGGAAGGUGUGACGUCAGAGGUCGAUAAAUUCGCGAGCAAUCUCAACGAUUUGGGCAACACUGUUUUUGGAUCGUCCGGUAAAGGUUUUAUGAAAGAUUCGAGUAAAAAAUUGCUUGAAUCAGAGAAAUCACAGUCUUCGCCACACAAAAAGGGCUCCGGAAUACCGAAGCUUAAGAAAAAGAAGAAAUAAUCAGCGAGCGAGCAACGCCGAACGAACGUACGAGUGUAGAUUUAAUAUUUAUUGUUGUUAAUUGUUCUACGGUUUAUUUGGUUCACGGAUCGUGUAUCAUUUAAUAAAUUUAUAAUUUAGUAAAGUUAUAACUGAUUUCGUUUUGAUAAAUCAGACAAAUCUUUGAGCAAUUUUAUUAUGAUAGUAAAAUCAUGUGAAAUCAUAAUUUUAUUAAUUUAAACUUAAAUCAUUUUAUAUGUAUAAUUUUUAUUUUUAACACAGAAAGGAAUUGAUAUGUCCCUACAUAUUGUGUUGAUUUUUUAUUUGAAUAUUGCUCCGUGAAGCAAAUAAUUGUAAAUUCUCUAUAAUCUGUUAAUUUUAUGACGUGACGUCGCGCGGACGAUUACGCUCGCGGAAGUUUGACGUCCAGUUUGUUCGUUAAUAUUAUUCGAGAGACUAUUUAAGCCAUCUCCAAUGUACAAAGAAGUACAAUUAAUAUAGAUGCGAUUUCAUAGAAAUCGUUUUUUUUUUUUAUUCAAUCGACAUUUUAUUUAUACAACUUAAAUCAAGUUGAAUCUUGCCUCUAUCAAUCAUUUUGACAUUUUAUCGAAUCGUAAUAUAUUAUUGGCUUUAUGGCGAACAUGUUUUUAUUUGCAAUUUGUGAAAUAGUAUAUUUGUGUUGCAUAAUUUAUUGUAUUUUAUCUAAGUGUAACGCUUGUACAGUAUUUGACGGAAUUACUUUUUAUAAGUUUCGCAAUUUCGACGUUACUAGCCUAUGGGCUUAGCCAUAGCUUUCGUUUUAGAUCUGCUACGUUAUUUAUUUUUAUACUGUGUCCUAUUUUGUCUUUCGUAAUUAAUAAUUGAUAGAUGUAUGUAUAUUUAAUGUCACAAAAUGACGCGAUUCUAUGUGCUACUUUAAAUAUUUGAGAAUAAAUAUGAAUUGAACCUU